CAGCGGGUAGGGGAAGUUAGUGAAUGUAACACACGAUGGCCCUCAUGGCUUCUCGGUGGGGGAGGUUGCUACUGUUAGGGCAAACGUUGCGCACCGUUUACCCUCUUCCGAGAGCUACCUGUUUGAUGUCUAGCCCGGUGAGGUUUUUUCAUGCUACGGCCGUCAGCUGCCGUUUUUCGGUGUCCAAAAAUGGACCUACUCGGGGAAAGAAAGGUGAAGUUAUCAAUGGUAGUAGUUGGAGUGCAAGAGACACCGAAGAAGAGGAGGAGGAGGAAGACGAAGACGAGCAGAGUAUGGAGGAUGAAGAGUUACUGGAGUCGGGACUGCCGCCUCUCCCGCUUGAAGCUCAGAGAAUAUUUAUUGUACAUCCAGCUGUGAAAUGGGGGGCGAGCAAGCCGCAGCUUACCACAGCUGAACUGCAGCUAGCUGAAGCUGUUGCUCUCAUAAACACCAUUCCAAAUUGGACAGUGGUGGAUAAAUUAAUUCUUUCUACAAAAAACCCUGACAAGAAAUUUAUCUUUGGCAAAGGGAAUUUUCAGCUUCUGACAGAAAAAGUCAAAGGAUUGUCACAUAUAUCAUCCGUCUUCUUAAAUGUAGAAAGGCUCUCUUCUGUGACAAAGAAAGAACUUGAAGAAGCCUGGGAAGUGAAAGUUUUUGACAGAUACACAGUUGUUCUUCAUAUUUUCCGUUGCAAUGCUCGGACUAAGGAGGCAAAACUUCAGAUAUCUUUGGCUGAAAUCCCACUUCUAAGGGCCAAUAUUAGAAAUGAGGUUGCUCGGUUGGAUCAACAAAGAGGUGGCUCAAGAUACAUUAUGGGUUCAGGUGAAACUUUCGUGGAGAUACAACUUCGCCUCCUAAAAGAAAAAGAAUUUAAAAUUCGAAAGGCCCUGGAAAGGCUUAGAAGAAAAAGGUGCUUACUUAGAAAUCAGCGACAGAAGCGUGAAUUUCCUACUGUUUCAGUAAUGGGCUACACUAAUUGUGGGAAAACUACUCUAAUCAAGGCUCUUACUGGGGAUGCAGGACUACAGCCACGAGACCAGCUCUUUGCCACAUUGGACAUUACGGCUCAUGCAGGCUACCUGCCAUCAAACUUGACUGUUCUGUAUGUUGAUACUAUUGGAUUUCUGUCUCAGUUACCCCAUGACCUUGUGGAAUCAUUUUCAGCUACAUUAGAAGAUGUAGCCCUUUCAGAUUUAAUUAUCCAUGUGAGGGAUGUUAGUCAUCCAGAAACCGAACUCCAGAGAGAGAGUGUACUAUCUGUUCUCAGGAAUCUUAAUAUUUCCAGCCACUUACUGGAGUCAAUUAUUGAAGUUCACAACAAAGUGGAUUUGAUAGACAGAUAUAUCCCAGCUAAUCCAAAUUCUAUUGCCAUUUCUGCACUCCUUGGGUAUGGUUUAGAAGAGCUGAAAGAGGAAAUUGACAGAAGACUUUUGACAAUAACUGGAAAAAACUUUCUGAUAAUUAAAAUCAAUUUAUCAGGCCCUCAACUCAGUUGGCUCUACAAAGAAGCAACAGUGCAAGAGGUUGGUGUUGCUGCUGACGAUGGUACAGCCAAUGUAAAGGUGAUCAUAAGCAACUCUGCCUUGGGCAAAUACAGAAAACUAUUUCCUCGAUCAACUUAUUCCUCUCAGAAUUAACAAGAUGUUCACUUUCUGGGAGAAAGCUCCUGCCUAGUGGAUAUUGCAGUUUUUUAAUAGAAUCUGAAAUGAAGAGUGUGAUUCAGUGGGAUACAGAGCUUUAUCCUAUCCUGAUUUCAAACUGACCAGCAUCUGCCAUGAAAUGUUGAUAGGAGCUCUGAAAGAACUUAUCUUUGGAAACAUUAUGAGAAAUUUACAUCAGCCACUGAGGAAUCACACAAGGCAAAUGACCAAAGAUGCAUACUCUGUAUUGGACACAGUCAGAGAUGUGGUAAGACCAACAGCAUCUUGCUCCAUAAUAUUACAAGUGAUCACUGUAACAACAUACUAACAUUAAGAAUUAGUGUCUUAAUGUUCUUGUUUUCCUUUUCCCUUCCGAUCCAGGGCUACACGUUCACUUAAGAAAGGCCAAGUUGAAGAAAUGGGUCUUUAAAUGGGGCCUCCCAAAUAGCAGUGGGGAGGUCAUUUUGUUGGACACCUUCAUGUAUUAUGUCAACAGCACAUAAAGCUGCACAGACAAUCAUAAACUCCUUUCUAAAGAAAGAUAAAUAUGGUAAUUUAGUGCAGAACAUCACUGGCUGUACUUACCUAAGCCUAUGUAUACCAUUUAAAUAAAUAACUCUUAAAUGUUACACUGGAAAAAAUACCAUACAUCCAAAUGCCCAAGCUAUAGCACAGUGCUGCUUGUAACACUCAAAGGCUCAAGUUUGUUAAAUACGCUGUUGUUAGCCCAAGUAGUACAUUAUUCACAAAUAUUUUUCCAUUGACAAUGCGGAAACAUGCUUAGUUCCCUAAAAAGCCCAUUUUAAGAAGCUAAGAGGGAAUAUAAUUGACUUUAGGAGCAGGGGUUCAGCUAAAACUAGAAAGUUUUAUCACAAUCUUGCACAUCACUGGCACAGAGUUUCUCUAGCUGAAUUUGGGAGAGAGAAGAGCAGCCCUGCUGAAUCAGACCAUUCUGGUCCCUACAGUAGAAGGCCAGAGGCUUCCAGGGAGUUCUCAGAGAGGGACGCUGGCAGUGGUACUCCCCCAGUAUUCACUGCUUCACACACCAGCUGUGUUCCCUUUUGUUUGUACAGUUAAUAUCCUUGAUGGAUCCAUCUCCCAUGAAUUUACCUAACCCUCUUUUAAAAAUACCUAAACUUGCCUGGUCUCUUUCAACUACUUUGAACCCCCACCAGUGAACAUGUGAAGUUGGGAUUUAUCGAUCCAGUUAUAUCACUGUACACACUUUAAUUUGCCUGGACUGUUUUGUGUUGCAGAGUGGUGGUUGAAAUUUAACCUAUUCUUAUCUGAUGAGGUUCUUUAUUGUUUACUGCAGUUUUCACCAUCCUGAAUGUGCUGGUGUCAUCAGCACAUUUGACUACCUUAGGUUGUUCAUCAAUAUGUCAGAUAGUAAAGUUCCCAAUAAAGGAGGGGAGCCCACUGAUUACUUCCAUUUAUUAUGAAAACUGUUCCUGCACCCUAGUUAACUAAUUUUGUAAGAGCAUCUGUCCUUUUAAGUCCAUGAUGUCUGUUUACUUUGGUUAAUCCAUUUGUCAAGUAUUUUAAAAAGAGAGGGAGUUCCCUUGGAGAGGGGAUGUUUUUUUCCCUUAGAAAGGCUUGUUCUUUAUGUUUAAACAUUCUAGGUUGGAUCAUAGGUUUCCACCAAUUUUCCUAGGAGAUUGCCUCUGUCCAUUUGAAAAAGAAAUGCUGCUAUAUUGGCUACUUUCUAAUGCUCACCAGACAAACAAAUUUUAGUAACAACUUGCAUAUUUGUUAGAAGAUACACAUUCCAGAUCUAUUAGAACUUUUGGGUGUGUGCUAAUUAAACCUGGAAAUCUC